AUGGAAAGAAGAGAAUAUAAUGAAAGUAUAAAUGAAAAAGAAAUUCAAAAUUUUUUCGAUGAAAUUGAUAAUUUAAUAAAUGAAGAAGAAAAAGAAGAUGAUAAUUACACAGAUAUAGAAAAACAGUUACAUGAAAAAUGUUCAAAAUUCAUUAAUAAAAAAAAAGAGUCUUGUAAUUUAUCUAUCGAACCAAAGAUCAAAUUAUUUUUGGAUGAAAUAAAUUUUAUUAACAACUCUUUAGAUAUCUUUGAAAAUGAAAAAAAACAAAAACAAAUUAAACAAGAAAAUAAAAAAUUUCAAAAAAAUGGUACAGAAGAAUUAGAUGAUAUAUUAAAGGAUGUCAUAUUUUUCGAGUUGGGUUUAAAAGAAUCCAAAAACAAAAAUGAGACAAAUCAUCUACUAUUAAAAAUAAGCGAGAACUUACAUAAAAUUGAAGAUAAAGAAUUUCUUUUAACAACAAAAAAAUCAUUGGAUAUAAGAAUAGAUGAUUUUCAAAAAAAACAAAUUUGUGAAGAAUAUUUCGCAGAAAAAAUAAAAGAAAUAUAUGAAAACACUCUGGACAAAUUAAGUUCACAGAAUAAUGAAAAGGAAAACCAAUUAAAAGAGAAUCUUAGAGAUAAUAUGAAAGGUAAGAUGAAAAAUUUAAAUGUAGAAAAUAAUGUUUUAUCACCACAAAUAAUUAGUACGGAUAUUGAUGAAGAGAAAAAGCAUAUUAUAGACAUUAAACAUAAAAAUGAUAAUACAAAGGACCAAAAACCAGAAGAAAUGAAGCCUAUGGAAAAAAAAAAUAGUAAAAAAAACAAAAAGGAAAUAAGAAUAGAUUCUAGUAAUUAUUUUCACAAAAAAAAGUUAAAAUUGGUAGAGCGGUGGAAACGCGUGGCACAAGAAUCCAAAUUGUUGAGUGAUUAUGACUCAAAUUCUUAA